AUGCGUUGUCUAGGCUGGAGGUCGCCGGUUCGAGUCCAGGCUAUUCCACUGCUGACCCGGACCGGAGCUCCCAGGGGCGCUGUAGAAUUGCAGAAUCCGGAUGAGCGCGUGCAGAGCGGUUACAGGAAGCUGCGCAGUGAUGUCACGGCAGGAGGCGGGGCCUUGGACAGGAAGUACCCCGGGGUGCUGGCAGAGCUGCUGUUGAAGGGAGAGCUCCCCCUGGAGAGAAUCCGAGCAAACAUCACGGAGCUCAUGGCAGGAGGAGUGGACACGACGGCGGUCCCUCUCCAGUUCUGUCUUUUCGAGCUCGCCCGGACCCCCUCAGUGCAGGACUCGGUGCGCAGGCAGGUGCAGCACGCCCUGGAGCAGGCAGAGGGCGACAUGGCCCAGGCACUUCGAGCAGCGCCCCUCCUCAGGGGAACGGUCAAAGAGAUACUCAGGUUGUAUCCAGUGGGGAUCUCAGUCCAGCGAUAUCCUGUGAAAGACAUCGUCCUGCAAAACUACCACAUACCAGCAGGGACUCUGGUCCAGGCCUGCUUGUAUCCUCUGGGUCGCAGCUCCAGUGUGUUCUCGGAGCCCCUGAGGUUCUGGCCGGAGCGCUGGCUGGGUUCUGGUUCUGGCUCUGGGUUCCGGUCCCUGGCGUUCGGGUUUGGGUCCAGGCAGUGUGUGGGGCGCAGGAUUGCAGAGAUGGAGAUGCAACUGUUCCUGAUGCACAUUUUGAAGAAUUUCAAGCUGGAAGUGAAGUUGAAGGCUGACCUCCAAACGAAAUACACCCUGAUCCUGCAGCCCGAGAGCCCGCCCCCCAUCACCUUCACCCUGCUGACCCCUGACCCCUGAACCCCCGC